UCGGCAAAAAAAACUGUUUCCGGUCGUAACACAAACAAUCUCUCUCUCUCUCCUUUGUAUCUCCGAUUCCAAAUUUUCCGAUCGCCGACAGCCUAUCCGUUUUCACACCCGUACAGAAAGUCCGCCGCCGCAACCACUCUUUUCCACCGCCUAGCUUCAGUUCUUCUCACGCACUAAGUGUGAUCCACUGGCAUCAUAUGCUUUGGAGAAGUCGAAAAUUCCCAAUUUAUACGAUUCAUUAGCUCGGAUGGAUAAGUAGAGAAUGUGAAUUUGAAGUAGGUUUUAGUAUAUGCGAGUUUUGAUCGGUCAGAGAAAAAGCUUGAGCGGUGAUAAUGAGAACUCUGUGCGACGUCUGCGAGAGCGCGGCGGCGAUUUUGUUCUGCGCCGCGGAUGAGGCGUCGCUCUGCCGCGCUUGUGAUGAUAAGGUUCAUAUGUGUAACAAGCUUGCUAGUAGGCACGUGCGAGUUGGACUAGCCGAGCCAAGUGAAGUCCCGCGUUGUGACAUAUGUGAGAAUGCUCCUGCUUUCUUUUACUGUGAGGUCGAUGGAACUUCCCUUUGUCUGCAAUGCGAUAUGAUUGUCCACGUUGGUGGCAAACGAACCCAUGGAAGAUAUCUUUUGCUGAGGCAGAGAGUUGAGUUUCCAGGGGACAAACCUGGAAGUGGGAGCUCGGAUGAGCCAGGAUCACAUAGACUGAAUCUUGGUGAAGCCAAGAGAGAACCUUCUCACAAGCCAACUCUUGGAGGAAAUGAGGAUGUGGUAAACCAUCGUGUUUCUGCCGAUCCAACUCCAGAAAACAACACUGAGAAUGAUGGGAACAUGGAGAAUAUGUUUAUCGACCUCAAUUCGAGACCUCAAAGGAUGCGUGGUCGACCUCCAACGCAUCAGGGACGUCGGGACGGAUUGAGCGACAACAAUCAUCAGUCUGAAAGUGUUGUUCCAGAUGGAUAUUUGAAAACGGAGCUUGAAAAGUAAUGAAGUUCAGUGCAUCCUGCUUGCAGGCAUAUUUAGGCAAUGGAAUGAGACAGGAUAAGGAACAUCUGCCCGUCAACAGUCAGAUUUGAGGAUUUUAUUGUCCACAAUCCUAGCUCCUCCUAGAACAGUCUCUACCAACCAAAAUAGCUCUUGAAGAAAGCUUGUAGAGGAUGAUUAGAGACGAACCUCAAGAAAAUUGGAAAACUCAACAAUAAAGCUUCAUCAAGAUAUGAAAUUAUCCAGAAUUCGUCAGUUAUGUGUAUUGUGCAGUCUUGUUGUAUCUAAAGCUCAAUGGCUUUUCGUGCAGCUUGAAAUGAAGUUGCUUCAACUCUUCUGUUUCUAGUUUUGGUUGCAGAAAUGCUUUUGUGGUCAGAUAACAAUAUCAUCGUUUAAGUGUGUUUGAUUUUCUCA